AUGUUUCAUAGAGUGAAUGUUAGAGAAAUCGAUAUGCAUGCCCAACGUUUUUUGUGGUAUGACAAGGGAGAUACACUGCAUCAACCAAGCAUUUAUGUAAUGAGAGCAUUAACUUUUGGAAUCAGCUGCGCACCUUGUAUCGCCCAUUUUGUACGCAACAAAAAUGCAGACCUCUUUAAGAACACACACCCCCGAGCUGUAGAAGCAAUACAACAAAAUCAUUAUGUUGACGACUUUAUCGACAGCGAAUGUGACGACAACCAAGCGCUGGAAUUGGCGAUUCACGUGAGAGAAAUUCAUGAAGCCGGCGGUUUCAAGAUGCACAAUUGGACAUCUAACUCAGAAGUUGUCUUAAAGGAAUUACAUGGAAGUGCACCAUCUGAGCAAUCGAUGAAAGACUGGGGCUCAACCACUAAAAUAUUAGGUUUGUAUUGGGACCCAAAUAAUGAUGAAUUUAGAUAUAUUUGCAGAUUUGCAAGAUUACACCGUGAUAUACUAAAUCAGUCAUUGACACCGACCAAGCGCGAAACUCUACAAGUCCUGAUAUCCAUAUUCCAUCCCCUUGGAUUUGUGUCCUGCUACACAAUAGGCCUAAAAAUACUUAUUCAUGAAAUAUGGCGGACUGGUAUAGCAUGGGAUGAGGAACUUACGGACAGUUUAGACAAACGCUGGUGCAGUUGGAAGUCCACAAUUCAACAAAUAACGUCCAUAAGAUUACCUCGAUGCUACUCCCCAACGAUGCAGACAGCAGACGAAGUCCAACUGCAUACUUUCGUAGAUGCCAGCGAAAACGCUUAUGCUGCCAUAUGUUAUCAGCGCAUCACGAAAAACAAUGUUACAACUGUCUCUCUAGUUGCAGCCAAGAGCAAAGUGGCACCACUUAAACCACUCUCAAUUCCAAAGCUCGAGCUGCAAGCUGCUCUACUUGGCACGAGACUUGCAAAAACUGUACAAGAAGUAAGACGAAUAAAUACUAACUCUCAAUUUUGGUGGAGCGAUGCAAAAACAGUUUUGAGGAGGUUACAAAUAGACCCAAAAAAGUUUCAGCAAUUUGUGAUGCAUCGUGUAGGCGAGAUUCUUGAGAACACAAACGUCAAUCAGUGGAGAUGGGUUCCAUCAAAACAGAAUCCCGCCGACCUUGCCACCAAAGUACCAACUCCAUCAAAUACACAAAUGUGGUUUGAUGGUCCCAAAUUUUUACGCUCCGAUGUUAAUGAAUGGCCACAAUGCGAUGACUUGGGAAUGCUAAAUGAAACAGAAAUGAAACGCAGCGCAUUAGUAAUUGAAAGCGUCCAUAAGACUAAACUCAACAUUGAAUACUUUUCUAAUGGGAAGCGUUUGUACCGUGCUGUAGCUACUUUCUUUUUGUACUGCCACAAGCUAAAUAAAUUAACAAAAGAUAAAAUUAUAAACACAAAUUUAGAAGUCGAUUGUGCAUUGAUCAAAAAGGCAAAAGCAUUUUUAAUGAGAUAUGCGCAGAAUGACGAAUACAGUAACGAAAUAUCUAGUCAGACACGUAAUAAACUUAUUGGGAAAACAAGCGAUGUAGUCAUUAUUGUGGAUUCAGAUAUGCCGAGUAAUUGCUGGCCCAAAGGCGUAGUAGUGGACGUUGCGAUUGCGAAAGAUGGCCAAGUUAGAAGAGCGACGGUGAAAACUGAAAAAAGCAUUCUACAACGACCAGCGGCAAAGUUAGCAGUAUUGGAUAUUGACGGCCCUUCGAAUAGUAAACUCGACCCACCUGACUCGUUUACGGAGGAGGGAACUGUUGCCGCUACUCCUAAUUGA